AUGAGAUAUUACAUGACUGAAAUCAAUAACAGCGAAUGGGAAGUGCCCGACAGGUACCAGAUGCUGACUCUCGUUGGUGUGGGUGCAUAUGGACAAGUUUGGUAUUGCAUACAAGUUACAACCUCUUAAUUAAUUUAUUUAUUUUUCCAUCGAUCAAUAUACAUUGUUAAUUUAUUAUUUUUAGUUCUGCUGUUGAUAGCUAUACCGGAUUGAAAGUUGCCAUAAAAAAACUGACUCGGCCAUUCCAGACAGCGGUCCAUGCUAUGCGCACAUAUCGAGAGCUUCGUAUAUUAAAGCAUAUGAAUCAUGAAAAUGUAUGUAUUAGUUUAAUUUGUUAUAUUUUCAAAAACUUAUUCUUACACUGUACAUUUUUACAAUUUUUGAUAUAUUUAUUUAAAAGAGAAUGAAUAAAAAAAUAAUUUUAAAUCACUAAAAUCAGGUUUAAAUUCUAAAACGGUUAUUUAUGCUAAAAACUAUAGUGGUACUCGUAUUUUUAAACAUUUAAAUUGUUUAAAUGAUGGCUUCCUUGAAAACCAUAAAUUAAAUUCAAUAUCUAUAACUUAUAGGCAAAAUCUUAAAAUACGUUUACAUUAUAUUAUCAAAUUACCAGACUAAUCUGUUUGCAAACGCCGGGUGCUCAUUAAAUGAAUAUUGUUUAAUAACCAAUAGGUAAUUAUAAUUUGUGCUUCGAAGCACAAGAAUUUGACAAUAGUCGCCCAAUAAUUUAUUUUCAUUUUUAUACCUAUUAAACAUUGUAAUGAUUAUAUACACACUUAUUUAAUAAAAUUAAUUAAUGUAUAUAUAAUUGUACAAUAUUUUAUAGUAUUAUUGUAUUAUAAAUAAUAUAAUAUAUAUACUCUAUAGGUAUUGAUUAAUUAAUUAUGCCGUGAUAUACAGGUAAAAUACGUAAUAUAAGGUAUAUUAUUUUUAUUUUAUACAUAAUUUAUUACGUCGAUGCGGUGUGAGAACUUUUGCUUAACAAUGUAACAAAAAUAUUUUAGAAACCAAUACAAUAAUAAUUGUUUCCCGUUACAUAAAUUUUGAUUAUAUUAGUUUCAAUAAAAUUAAAAAAAAGUUUAAUUUUGUACGUACCUAUUUCAUAAGAAUAAAUCAUUGUUUUGCCAUUCGAGAAAAUGGCGGACGUGUGGAUGAGUACGCACCACCGUAAUUCACUAAUCAUAAUGUUAAGUGCCAAAAGUACCUUAUCUAAUGUAAUAUAGAUAUCUGUGUUAUACCUGUAACCAAUGAUAAACCAUUUAUAACGAAAAACAAAUCGGAGCAAAGUUCUGUUAUACAAGUAAUAAAGGCCGUAAAUAUAAAUUCGAUUUUCGUCAAAAUGUAUAAAAGAAAAAAAAAAAUACUGCAUUACACACAAAUUGUAAAAUUUGCAUGGACCUUAUGCACCUUACUAGAUUGGUUCUACAUAAUUUUUUACUCGACAAUUUUUGUCCGUAAAGUACGAAUUUUAAUGAACCUCCCGUCAAAUCUUCAAGCAUUUCUGUUAAUUCUAACAACUUCUCUACUUAUCUUAUAACUUACCUACCAAAUAAAAAUUACUUAAAAAAGUAGCAAAAUUAAAAUUUCUAUAGAGGUUAAAAAUAAUUCAAAUGUUUUCAACAUUUUAUCACGUCUAGAAAAGGUAAGUAUUUUCUAUGACUAUUUUCGUAAAAUUUUCAAAAUUUAAAAUAAUAGAAAUAUUAUUUUUGUAAAAUGUCCUGUUAUAUUACGGUUUAUUUCAAUUAUGUUCAAUUUUUAAUAAAACUACACAGAAAAUUAAAAUCUAUUUGUUUGGUCACCAACUAGAUUAAAAAUGUAAAAUGAAAAGGUUUCUUGUCGUUGUCGUUUGUCUAUUGGGAUCAAUGUUUAUGGUAGAAAACAUAAGCCAUACAAAUUUAAAAUAAUGAAACCAUUGUGCCAUAAUUUAAAAAAAUCGUAUACUUCGUAUUUUUUGGUUUUUCUCAAUAAUUAUUAUGAAAAAUACUUUAGAUAUCAAAAAACAAACUUUCUUUGUCAGAGGCUAGUGUUAAAAGGAACAAAAUCGACCUCUUGUCAAUUUUUUAUUGAAGUAAAAGAAAACGUGACGAUUAAUUAUUUUGAACGAUUACACGUACGUUGCGUGCGAUAAAUAAAUUAAAAAUCACUUAAAAUGAUUUAAUAUAGUAAUGGUAGUGGCGGCGGCUGUCUGGCAAAUUGCUCAUAUUGGUGCUCGAUUAGAGGUUCAUUAUGCAGACAGAAAAAAAAACUGCUACUAGGGACUGGCACUGCCACGGAGAUUGGUGGUUAGUGGUGGAAGAUGGAAACAAAGUUAUUUAUUUUAUACCGGUUACUGACGAUAAACUAUCGAUAACGAAAAACGAUUCGGAGCGAAGUUCGUUUAUAGUGGUUAUACAUGUUUUGAAAAGUGACGUACGUCACUUUUAGAUUCUGAGUGUACCGAAGAAUGUGUUGGUUUUACAUGUUUAUUUCUUUUUUUCUUUUUUAUAUUGUGUACAAAGAUUCUACUAGAAAUCUUACUCCGAUGAUGUAUACGAUUUAGACCCUUUUCUAAAAAGGGAAUUUUCUUGGGGAGGUUCAUUAAGGAAGUUAUUUUUCAAUUUUCUUAGGAGUUUUCCCAGCAAAUGUGAAAAAAUGGAAAAAACAUAUGGAAAUCGGGAAAAUCGGUACAAUAUUAAACAAAUAUUAUUAAAGAAAAUAUAUAAUGCCUAUUUAAUUAUUUAUCAUAAUAGGACAUAUAAAUUGUAGACAAAGCAUCAAUAUCAACUGAACUCUGCUCAGAAUCGUUAUUCGUUAGGAAUGGUUUAUAGUUGCUUACAGAUAUACAUUCAAUUUCUUUCUGUACCGUAACUUCCCAACGGCUGCAUCCAAGUUCCGUUUCAAGUGUAAAAUUUGAAUUUAAGGAUAUACUAAUUCGUCCGGGUUUUUUAAAAUGGAUAUACUGAUUCCAUCUCGUGUAAUUUAUUUAGUCACUCAAAUUCCGUCCCAUUCUACACUUUAUUAAUAUAGUAUAUACAAUUUACGGCUACGGUAACAUUUUAUAUUAUUUAGAAGUAAAACAAUAUUGCUUUCAGUUAUUACACUAAAUAAUCGAAUUUGAAUAUAUUAAAACCAUAAUUUUAUUUGAAUUUCUUUUGUAUUUUAACAUUGAUAAGAAAAAUGUCGAUAUAAAUCAUUAUUUUUUCAUGCCAUAUAAACUUUAUCCAAUAUCAAAUUUUUAUUUAUGAAACUAUAUACUACGUUUGAAUAUUUUGUAUACCAUUAAAGUAUUUUAACAUGAAUAAGACAGUUUUAAUCGGUAUGGAAUUAGUAUAUGCCUAUUUUUUAACUCGGAACGGAAUUGGUAUAUACCUUUUUUUCACCGGGGUCGGAAUUGGUAUAAAAAAGGUAAUUGGGGCAGAACUCGGAUGCAGCCUUUCCAAAUCUCCACCUAGAGCAGUGGUGGCACCCACAUGCGAGGUAUGACAAUCUUUUUUUUAACAAACGUGUUUUAUUAAAAGUGUUAAUUUUUUUUUUAAUGAACAUAACAAAUAUGUUAUUAAAAUAAUUUAAUAUUUUAUCGUUUUUUAUUCAUCUUUAGGUAAUUGGAUUAUUAGAUGCUUUCACACCCGCAAAUACUUUAAGUAAUUUUAAACAAUUGUGAGUUUAUAAUGUAUAACAACAUAAAACAAUGUAAACAUUAAAAAUUGUUUGCGUUAGGUAUUUAGUUACACAUUUAAUGGGAGCCGACUUGAACAAUAUCAUACGUACACAAAAAUUAUCUGACGACCAUGUCCAGUUUCUGGUUUACCAAAUUUUACGGGGUUUGAAGUAUAUUCAUUCUGCAGGAAUUAUCCACAGGGUAUGAUAAAAGUGAUCUAUUAUUAUCAUUUAAUACUGAUUAUCUAAUUUCCCUAGGAUUUAAAACCAUCAAAUAUUGGCGUGAAUGAAGAUUGCGAGUUAAAAAUAUUGGAUUUCGGAUUGGCAAGAUCAACUGAAAGUGAAAUGACUGGAUACGUGGCUACCAGGUGGUAUAGGGCACCUGAAAUCAUGUUAAACUGGAUGCAUUACAACCAAACGGGUAUAGUUUUUGUAUUCACUACCUAAAGAUAUAAGAAUUAUUUAUUAUAAUAUUUUAAUUAUUAAAGCAAUAAAUUAGAAUAUUUUUUUUUUUUAAAUUGCAAUGACUUAUGAUUAUUAAAAAAUAUUAUCUAUAUAUAUAUAUAUAUAUAUAUAUAUAUAUAUGUAACAAUAUGUAUCAUUUGUUUGCAUGACUUAUUUAAUUACUUAACUUCAAUCACUAUCAAUUCAUAUUUUUAAUAAUAUAAUAACUUAAUACCUGAUUUCAUUAAAUCUUAAUUUAUAAAUUCUAGUUUUAGUUUAUAAAUAUUGAAAUUAACAUUGACUAAAAUCAUUGACUUACAUCAUAAAAAUUAUUAUUCUUCUUAAAAUAAAACAAUGCACAACACAAUAUGCAAUUUUAUGUUUGUUAUCUUAAAGUUUUCAAUAUAGAUUGUUACCCAUGUACUAUACAAAUAAAUAGUUAUUGUCUAUUUAUAAUUUUAGUUGAUAUAUGGUCUGUGGGCUGUAUUAUGGCUGAACUUUUGACUGGAAGAACUUUAUUCCCAGGAAUAGAUCGUAUCCUUUUAAAAGAAUUAGGAUGUUUUAUGUUAGUGUUGAAGAAAAUUUAACAUAAAAUAUAUUUUUCUUAUGGGAAAUUUAAGACAUAAACCAAUUGAGUUUGAUUUUGGAAAUAUUAGGUAAUCCAUCGAGUGAAUUGAUGAAAAAAAUAUCAAGUGAUUCGGUAAGUAUCAGCAGAUGAUCAUAUUAUAAAGUUAAGCUUAUAAUCCUUAACAGCGUUAAAACUUAGAUGUGGAUCAUUUAAAUCGUGUAUUAAUUUUGUGUGGAGCACCAUCCGUUGAAUACUUAGAUAAAAUUAAGAGUUCGGAGGUUUGUGUGUUGUAUUUAUCACUUGUUUGAUAUUAAUNAAAUUUAAAUAUUAAAAUCGCUGUUUUAGUUUUUAAUAUUUUUAUCUGUACAAUAUCCGCAGCAAUUAAAUUGUUAGAAGAGAUGUUGGAACUGGAUGCUGACAAAAGAAUAACUGCUGAAAAAGCUAUUGCACAUCCGUAUCUGCAACAAUAUGCUGAUCCAUCAGAUGAACCAAAUUCACCCCUCUAUGAUCAAAGUUUUGAAGAUACGGAGUUACAUGAAGAAAUAUGGAAAGGUUAGUGUAUCACAUAAAUUCAAAUUCUAAGUAGUAAAUUCUGUGGACAACUUUUAUACCUGCAAUUUUGCUCUGAUUUAUAAUGAUAACACUUUCUCUAAAAGGAAAUCUGACUAUUGAGGAGGUACUUUAGGGAGGUCAGUUUUUGAUUUUCUCAGUUUUCCUAAGAAAUGAGAAACCAGGAUGAAAACGAGAAAAUAGGUACACCGAAAAUAUCAACCAAACUCCGCUCAUAAUUGGUUUUUCGUUUUCAAUGAAUAAUCGUAACUUACGGAUCCGCAUUAAAUUUCCCCUCUAUUACUUUUCCAACUUCUCACCUAUAACAGUGGUUGCAUUGGUCUCCAUUAUCUUAGAACAGCUUUUUAUACAUUUUUCUAUUGAUUGUAAAUAACUCAAUAUUGUAUGUCCUGGUUACUAUAUUUUUGAGCGUUUUCUAAUACUUUAAUUUGAAUACUUUUAGGUUACCACAGACAAUCCACAGUAUUUAUUAUUAAUUCUUAUUUUAAAAAGCACCUUUUUUUUAACCUCAUUUUAUUGUUUAUGUAUCAUUAAUUUUGAAAUAAUCAAUAAAAUCAUUUUAAAAUAGUAUGUUUUAAUUUUUGCAUAGAUAGUAUUGAACACUUAUAAAACCAUGUGGUAAUUAGGAAAUUAUAUACAAGUUGAGUAUAAAAAUAAUAAAUUUGUUUUUACUAUCAUUGGGAUUAACUUGCUGAAUAAGCUUUAAUUUUCUCCAUCCACUACUAUAUUCUUCCAGUCAAAAUUUCCUUGUUCCUGACCUAAGAUACUAUAAAAGUCCUGCUUCCUACAACCUUAUAAACAAAGCUCCUAAAUUAUCUCGGCAUAUCGUUUUUUUUAAUCAUGGAUUCUUGCUUUCUCCACACAUGACUUAUUUAUUCCAGCUUCUUUCUUUUUAUUUCAUUUAAAAUGUUUAUUGUUUGAACAAUUCUACUAAAUAAUUAAUAAGAAAUGCAUGAUUAAUUUUAAUAUUAAAAGACUUUUUGAUUAAUUAAUUAGAAAUAAUAAAAUUGUUCUAUUAUAAUAAAAUCACUGAAUAAAAAAUUGCAUCUUGAAUAAAGUGUAUGGAAAUUAAUUCUUUUAAUUCUCAACUAAAUUGAUUAGCAAUUAUUGUGUAAUGUAUUCUCAUCAAUAAUAUAAUUAAUCACAUGUUUGAUAACUGAUUUUUGUAGAACUUAUUUGGGAUGAAGUCCAAGUGUUCCACCAAUUGAAUGAGCUGCAAGUUAACUAG